AUGGCCAAUGUAAUAGACCUUAAAAAAGAAUUAUAUAAUGCCCUCCAAGAUUCUUCUGAGAUAGUUUCAUACAAUGCUAAAUUGCGGGAUAAGUAUGAAAAACAAGAAAAAAAAAUCAAUCGGGAGAGAGGACGAUGGGAUCGGGAUAGAAAGAAGUGGAGUAAAAAACUAGGAGAG